AUGUUUAAAAAUACAUUUCAAAGUGGAUUUUUAUCAAUAUUGUACAGUAUUGGUAGUAAGCCGUUACAAAUAUGGGACAAAAAGGUUCGAAAUGGACACAUAAAAAGGAUAACUGACAAUGAAAUUCAGUCAUUAGUUCUCGAAAUAGUUGGUACAAAUGUUAGUACUACGUACAUUACGUGUCCAGCAGAUCCCAAGAAAACAUUGGGUAUCAAAUUACCAUUUUUAGUCAUGAUUAUCAAAAAUUUAAAAAAAUAUUUUACAUUUGAAGUGCAGGUACUCGAUGAUCGAAAUGUUCGUAGGAGAUUUCGUGCCAGUAAUUAUCAAAGUACAACAAGAGUCAAACCAUUCAUAUGUACCAUGCCAAUGAGAUUAGAUGAUGGAUGGAAUCAAAUACAAUUUAAUUUAUCGGACUUUACUCGACGAGCAUAUGGAACAAAUUAUAUUGAAACAUUAAGAGUACAAAUUCAUGCCAAUUGUCGUAUACGUCGUGUUUACUUUUCUGAUCGUUUAUAUUCUGAAGAUGAACUACCACCAGAAUUUAAACUUUAUUUACCGGUACAAAAGAAAUAA